AUGCUAUUAAUAGAAAUUUUUUGGGUCCAUAUUAAGCACAGAAAGCAUUGUACUUUAGAUGAACUCGGUCCUCUCCCCUCCUCCUCCUCCUUCUUUUCCCCUUCCACUCUUUCUCCUUCUCUAAUUCAAAUAAAAAAAAAGCGCAAAUUUCUUGACGCUUAUGCAGUCAACAAAAAAAAAAGUAGAAACUUUAAGAGGAUUAAUUUUUGUGAAAAAAAAGAAAUAUUCGCUCACUUAAAGAAACAUGUAUUUUUUUAUGAAGAUGUCUACAGCAAACAACUUGAUUUGAUAACUAACAGUUUAUACUCUUUCCUCCUUGUCCUUUUUCGUUUUUCAUCUCAUCAUAAUUUCAGAACGGAUCUCACAGCAAUAGGGUACGAUUGCUACCAUUUUUCUUCAAAAGGUCUUUCAAUGUUCCACACAGCGAUAUGGAACUUAAUAUUAACGCAAGACAGCCUACGAUCACAUCAGUUUCGGCCACAUUAUCAACCGCCACGAUGUGCUGAUCCAUUGUGUCCAUUUAUACGAACAAAAAACAACAGUGCAUUAUGUAACUGGAAUUUCCCAAAGACGUCACGAAAUGGUUUACGUGUCGAAGAAUGGAUUGCCAUUGGUAUUUUUGCUACUGCGGUAACUUUAUGCGCAAUCCUCCUUAUUGCACUCUGUUGUGGCCGAGGUCGGGAUCAAGUGAUCACCGAAGCACUGAAACCUGUCGGAGCCGACUGGAGCUGUAUCACCAGAUUUAUUGAUGAAGACAGCGUAGUACUCAAUUCUGAUUAA